AUGGCUGCUCCUCAGGCGCGACUGCUGUUGUUACACUUCCUUUUUCUCUCAGCUUUUCUCACCUUUUUCAACGGGCCAUCUCAAGCGGAUUUAUUAAAAGCCGACAGAGAUCCCCUCCAUUCCGUUCCAGCAGCCGUUGAUACUGACACCCCUCGCCCAUCUGAUGGCGUUGCGACUAGCACCGCCUCCGCCCCACCACCUGCUCCCUCCGCCCGCGCUGCCGCUCCAUCCGCUAAGCCUAGCUCGGCGUGGGAGCGCGCGGUAGCAGCGCUGAAGCCCGCGAUGUACGGCGCGGUGGCCGCCAUGUCCGUCGGCGCGGAGAGCGAUGUGCCCACUGAUGCGCUCCGCCCGCUGCUGGCGCCCGACGUGGUCGUCACGGCCAAGGUCCGCCUGCUCAACGCGGCGAAUCUUACCUCCUCCGGGAUAGCUUGGCAAGGGCUGACCUGUCCUUCGGACGGAACGCUGAAGCCGCCCUCUCCGACCGCCGCGCUGCUUUACCUGCGGUUCGAGCAGCGUGCCGAUUCGCAGAACUCGGCGACGCCUCUGACGUCGCGCACGUGGCCUUUCGCCGACUCGGCGCAGCCAUCGCCCGUCUACGCCGCUCCGCUCGCGUUCCUCUCGCCCAUCGUCUCCUUCCGCCUCUACCCCGGCACUCCCGUGGGACCAGCGGCGCAGCAGAAAGAACUCAGCCUGGUGGGGCUGGGAGGGAGCGUACUGGGAGCUGGUUAUAUGCAAGUAUCUUUCAACGUCUCAAGAGCUCUUCUUGCUCAGCCACGUGCUUGCACUCUGAUAAACAUCGAGGGGGGUAUAGACCAGCAGACAAUGUCUCUAUCGAGCGCAGCCGACAUUGCAGGGUGCAUCAGGCUGAGCACGUUCAACAGCAGCUACUUCUUCGUCCUCACGGAACCGGUGGACAUUCAAGACCAGCUGGAGGCAGCAACACGGCCCUGA